UUCUCAUUCAAAAACUAGUCUCUAUAUGUAGCAAUUGAUAUACAACCUUAUCACUUAAGCAAUAAAGUGCAUUUUGGAUUGAUUUCACUACAGCAGGGGAACCCGCGGAUCAAUACCACCAUACUAAAAAUAAUUGUUAGUGUCCUUAUGUUGGUAGUAUUGUUAGUUUGACAAAUGAAAAAAAAUGUCUGUCAAUUGAGUUUGAGUUUUUAACCGGCGAAUUGAUUCGUGUGAAGUUAUUUUCUCAGAUUUGGUGCAAUAUUACUGUAAAUAAACUUUUCUGUCGUUUACGUUGAGUUGAUUAAGUUCCUCCGUAUCGGGCGUGAUAAAGUUUGCUGUUCAGUGUUAUGUUUUUUGUGAGAUAGAGACUCUUUUAAAUAAGCUGUGUUUCAACUUCUACAGAAGUUUAAACUCUUAUUUACUUUUCUGUUUAAUGGGUAUGUUAUCUACUUACUUGAAAUAUUAGAUCUAUUACAAAUCUAUUAUUCAUUAAAAACAACCCUAUGUGAUGAAAAUGUAAAUGUACUUUCAAAACUGGUAAAUGCAUGAACCAGGGCAUUGACACUGGUUGGAGAGAAAUUAUAGGCUUUGUUUAAUUAAUACCUAUUUCAUUUUAGGCUUCUACUGAUAAUGGAGAGUAGAAACAACAAGAAGUGCGUUAUUUGUAAUAAGAGGCGAAGUCGUGGUGGAUCACCCUUACUUUUGAGUAGGUUUCCUCUGGAUUCUGACCGUUGUCGAAUGUGGGUUAAAAAUGCUGGCAUAGAAGACUUAGCAUAUGUACCUAUUGAAAAGUUACACCAACUUAAGUUUGUUUGUGGUGGGCACUUCACUCCUGAAUCCUUCAAUGCCAAAGGAACUCGGCUGAAGAACUCAGCUAUUCCAACACUGGAAUUGAGUAAUUCCAUCUUGCCAGAUGAAGUUUUGACAGAGUUUCCUCUUCAUGUAAAAGACUCCAAUAAAGAAAACCUCAAGACAGUUCUUUAUGAUCAUUCAUAUUGCAUUCCAAAGAAGUCAAAUCCAGUUGAACGAGUUCCCCUUACAACUACAACCAAACAACUAAAUUCAACAUGUUUGGGAGCUGUGGAUAUACCAGAUUCUGGUAUUUCUGCGAAAACAACUUUUGAACCGCUUCCUUCUACUUCCAAUGCACCAGAACAUAUGACCUAUAAACCCAUUACUCAUGAUGAUAAAAACAUUUGCCAUCAAGAUGCACAGGCAGAAAUAUUAGUCCACAGUUAUAAAAGACCUAAGAAAAACAUUGAAAUGAAAGACACUUCAUCAACAUUUACAAUUAAAGAGAAGAGGCUUUGGCGACAGUUACAAAAUGCAAAAAAAACAAUAAGGAAUAUAGCGAAGUCAAGAGUGAAUUUAGACAAGUUAGAUUCGGAAGUGCUGACAUCGUUAGUAAAGGAUGUAGUGCAGAAUAACAAAAAAAAGUCACAAGGAAAAAGGUGGACUUUAGCCAACAAAAUAUAUGCUUUGGCUAUAUUUAAACGGUCCCCUAAAGCAUACCGCUAUAUGCAAAAGCUGUUUACGCUACCAAGCACUAAAACGCUCCAAAGGAUUUUAAAAAAUAUACCAAUGGAGCCUGGUAUAAAUAAAAAUAUAAUUGAUAUGUUAGAGGCAAAAGCAUCAAGUAUGCCAAAGGAAAAUAAAUAUUGCUCGUUAAUUUUUUAAAAUUAAAGUUAAAGAAACGGAUAAUUUAUAACGAAAUUGCUGAUAAAGUGGAUGGCUACGUGGAUUAUGGAGAGGGCGAGAACAUGGGACGAGAAAAUAAAAUUGCAGACCAUGCGUUAGUGUUUAUGAUACAGGGUGCUAAACAUAAAUACAAACAAUAUAUUGCGCACUAUUUUGUGGAAUGGAAGGCACAAUAUCAACAGCAAAACUGGCAAAAAUUAUAUCGGACAUCAUCAAAAAAUUAAAAGAAAUCGGAUUUGUGGUUCUAACAACAGUUUGCGAUCAGGGAUCUACAAAUAUAGGAGCUCUUAACAUGUUAAAAAGAAACUGUGGACAAGGCAUAGAUAGCAACUUUUUCUCUGUAAAUAAUGACAAAAUUUUUAUAAUCUAUGACAUCCCUCACUUGUUCAAAUCAUUACGAAACAAUUUCUUUAAAAGUGGAAAUAUGUCUUUCGAUGGAAAAAUUGCACAAUGGAGGCAUUUGGUAGUUGCAGAAGAACACAACAGAAUUUUUUUAAAUUUUAAAAAACUGAAUAGUACCAUUGUAAAUCCAACAUUCAAAACUAAGAUGAGGGUGAAGUAUGCUGCGCAUGCUCUGAGUAAUACCGUGGCAGCUAUUUUAAAAAUGAUGGCAUGGAAAGAAGUUUCUGAUUGCAAUGAUACAGCAUUUGUGAUUGAACAGUUAGAUAAACUAUUUGAUUGUACAAAUGGUCCAUCAUCUUUAAAUGACGUAAAGAAAGGGAUCCGGGAAAAUGUUUCCACAUCAAGUAAUCACAUUGAGUCUUGGACCUUUUAUACUGAUAAGUUAAAAACCAUAAAAUUUAUAACAGCAGAAAACACGAUACUAAAAAAUGUUAAAUGCGUUAAGGGAUAUCAAAUAUCUAUCAAAUCCUUAAACGAUAUUUGGGAAAAGUUAAAGAAUGAAGGGUUUAAAUAUAUGAACCUUAGACAGUUUAACCAAGACUCUCUGGAAAACUUAUUUGGAAUCAUUAGGCAACACAGUGUAACCAAUAGAAAUCCCACUAUCACGCACUUUACUGCAGCGCUUAAAACAAGCAUGGUUACUGGGCUGAAAGUGCCUCAUAGUAGAAGUGCUAAUUGUGAAGCAGACAACAAUAAACAUAUGCUGGAAUAUAAAGACGUUUUAAAAACUAAUUUAAAAACAACAGAAAUAAAAAUUAAUGUUCAAGAUUCCACAGACACUGAAUUUUAUCCUGUGUUGUCUAUCCCGGACCCUGAAAACUUAGAACAGCCCAUUGAAAAUUUGUGUAGCCUUGAAAACCAACCAGUAGUAUAUGUAAGCGGGUAUUUAGCUGCCAAACUAUUACAGAACAGUUCUUGUUUAAUUUGUGAAGAGUGUUUGAGCGUGAAAACUCCUGUUGACAAUGAUUUGUAUGCAUAUAUAUCUCUUCGCGAAUGGUGGCAUGAUAAAAAAAGUCUCGUUUAUCCAACAAUUCAAUUAUGUACCACCGUAAAUGAAGCUAAACAAUUUUAUCAUGACCAUAUUGCCGACCAGAUAUACAGGGUGUCCCGUAAUGUAACGUCAAGCCGGAACUGGGUGUUGAGGCAAGUUGUGCUGGUUAUCAGAAAAAUAAAAAAAAAAAUCUAUGUGGCAUAUUUUAAAAAUAAUAGGCAUUUUAAAAAAAUCAAAAAAUUCUACUCCAGGUGACGGUCCUUUUACUCGUGUUGCCACAAAUCUUCACUUUUUCCAAAUUUUUUUUUUGUUAUGUAACCCUGAAUAAUGCUUCUCUAAAUUGUUAUCAAAAUUACAAAACCAGCUGCUCCAACUUGGAUGAAAAAAAUACAUUAUUCCCAAAAAAAAUAUCAAAAUAAAAAUUUUGCCUAGUUUAAACUGACUGUACUGAAAAAAAAUUGUACUACGCGAGUGUGGCAAGUGACGUCAUAAUUUGGCGCAUUUAGUAAGGAUUCCAAAAUGGUAUAACACUUUGUAAAAUCUUGCUGUAAUUGUCGACAAUUUUUGUUUAUUGGCAAUAAUCCCGUUUUUAACUUUAUCUACCUUGGUUAAAAAUAUUAUUCUAAUGUGCCCAAAAUUCAAGUUUCUGGCUUAAGUGAGGUGGAGAAGCCAUUUUAAAAGGUAUGAGCGGGACGGAGAGGGCCAUCUUACCAAGCAGGGAUGUUAUGGAUAUCCGUAACCGUAACCGAAACUAUCGGAUAUCCGAAAUAAAAAAAUAUCCAUAACCGUAACCGAAACUGAUUCAAAAGUUACGGAUAGUUUCGGAUAAAGGCCAAACUGCAAAACUCUAUGAAAUCUGCAGUAUACACGCCACAGCUGCAAUGCCGCGCUGCCGAUUUCAUAGUUUUGCAGUUUGCGGUUGCAGUUUGCGGUCUGCGGCCCGUCUUGGAAUUGUACCUUAAAUCUUAAUAUUUGUUACCAACUUGUCUGGCAUUCGCUGGCACCAUCUAAUAUGCCAGCCUGUUUUACCUUUAUCAUACAUAGGUGUCGUCUUAGUUGGUACAUAAAGUAGCUAUGUGGGUCACGCUCACGCAGCAUCUUGCUAUUUGUAUUAUACCUACAUUUUUGAAAUUCUAAUAAUUCCGUAACCGAAAUUAUCCGAGACUUUCGGAUAAUCUGAAAUGAUUUCAUAUCCGUGACCGUAACCGAAACUGGUAUAAUAUUAUUCUAAUAUCCGUAACCGUAUCCAUAACCGAAACUUCAUAUCCUUAUUAUCCCUGUUACCAAGUACAAGUGCAGGCAGAGCAGGUAGUAAAGGCGCGCGCGCACGGGUGACUUUUGUCACAGUAUGUCAACUACUUAUUACUGUCAUGGUGACAAAAGUUUCUGUGACUGACUGUACGGUAGUCAGUCACAGAAACUUGAAUUUUGGGCACAUUAGAAUAAUAUUUUUUAACCAAGGUAGAUAAAGUUAAAAACGGGACUAUUUCCAAAAAACCAAAAAUUGUCGACAAUUACAGCAAAAAUUUACCAAGUGUUAUACCAUUUUGGAAUCCUUACUAAAUGCGCCAAAUUAUGACGUCACUUGCCACACUCGCGCAGUACAUUUUUUUUUCAGUACAGUCAGUUUAAACUAGGCAAAAUUUUUAUUUUGAAAUUAUUUUUGGGAAUAAUGUAUUUUUUUCAUCCAAGCUGAAGCAGCUGGUUUUGUAAUUUUGAUAACAAUUUAGAGAAGCAUUAUUCAGGGUUACAUAACAAAAAAAAAAUUUGGAAAAAGUGAAGAUUUGUGGCAACACGAGUAAAA